AUACCCCUACUAAUUCCUAGACCUCUAGAGGAACUAACGUUCGCGCUAAUAGGCCUAACACCUUUUAUAGUAACUGCUAUAAGCUUAAAGUAUAGCUACUCUAAGUUAACUAAUACUUCUACUUUAAAAGAGAUAAGAUUAAAGAUAAGGAUAAAGUUAUUUAGGCUUCUACCUUCUUCUAAAGAGACGCAGAAAAAUAAGCUACUCUAUUUAUCUAAUACUAUAUAG